AAUUACUAAACGCGUUAUUGACGUGAUUAUUCCUCGGUUUUAUUUUUUUAAAUAUAAAUAAAUAAAUAAAUAAUGUCGACAGCGAUAAAUCAAAAGGCGUACUUACAGAAAUAUUUAACAGGUCGAUCAUCUGAUAAGAAGAAAAAAAAGAAAAAGCUUGUGAAAGGAAAAGGAUUUAAAAUAAUUGACGAUGACUUAGAUCUCACUAAGUUACGCCCGCUAGGUGGUGACGAACUGGACAUAUUGAAUGAGGGUGAAGAUGCACCUCAGGUAGUUGGUAUCAUUGACGAGAGACCCGAAGAAAUCAGGAAGUUAGAAGAUUUUAAAACAUCUUCCAAAUGGAGAGUAAUUAAUCAGGAUGAUGGAUUUAACAGUAAAUUACAAAUUGAAGAAGUUAAACGUGAUAAUAAAGAAGUAGAGAAAGAAAAUGAGAUUGUAUUCGGGAAAAUGUACAGCGAUUCAGAGGAUGAUAAAAAAUAUGAUUCCGAUCCGUCACCUCCGAGAAAAAACUCAGAGAAAAAUAAGAAAAAAAGUACUUCUAAGGGCAACCAAGACAGUGAUAGUGAUGUCAGUCCACCACGAAGAAACGAUAAGUCUAAAAAUAGAAAUUACGACUCAGACCCCUCGCCACCUAGAAAUUCUAAAAAGUCAGUACAAAACAAAGAUAGAAAUAAUCGUCAAAGAGAUAUUGAGGGAAGCCCUCAAAGAAGAGGAAAUUCUUCCAGUUGGAUGAACAAAAAUGAUGACUCAGAUGAAUCGCCUCCACGAAAAAGACCUAAAAAGAAAACUUCUACAGCAAAUAGAAAUUAUGACACACAAUUAUCUCCACCAAGAAAAACUAGCAAUAAUAAAAUUAAAAGAGAAAGGAAACCAUCCCGUUGGGGCAAUUUUGAUGAUACACAAUCAAGACGAUCUAAAAGUCGUGAAACUUCACCCAAUGGAACAAAUAACAGGUCUCAUACGCCAGACAAAAACAAUAGAAAAAAAAUUAAUUCUGACACCUCAUCAUACAAACCAAGAAGUAAUGAUUACGACUCUGAUUUAUCACCUCCUCGAAAAUCAAGACGUCAAUCACCAAAAUCUUAUUCGCAGGAUUCAGAUCUUUCUCCUAGAAGAAGAAAGAAAGAAGACAAGUAUGAUAAAUAUAAAAAUAACGACAGAAAAAACUUUGAUAAACGGAGAGGUGCGUCACCUAAGAAUAAAAGAUCAGAUCAAUUUCAGAGGCAAGAUAGAAGGACAGAGAGAAAUGAAAGUGAUUCUGAUUUGUCACCCCCAAGAAGAGAAAAAAGCAAGAAUCAUAGUGGAAGAGAUUAUAGAAACGAUGAGCCCCCACCAUCAAAUAAGAAAAUGGAAAAAACUUUAGAAGGCAAGAAAGCUGGUCUGCAAGACGCUGGUCAAUUGAAAGAAGAGAACCGAGCAUUCAGGAGACGCGAAGAGGAGGCAUUUAAGCACAUGACAGAUGAAAUGUCUGGUAGAAAUGCCAAAGCUGUGUCACGGAAAAGUAAAAGAGAUACGUCACAAGACAAACAGAUGCAAAGAGAAAAAGCGGAAAGACAAAAAGAGCUGGAUGAGAAAUAUAAAAAAUGGAGUAAAGGGAUUAAACAAGUCGAAGAUCAGCAAGCAGCGGUCCAAGAUUUCAUACACGAAGCGUCUAAACCUCUAGCUCGGUACAAAGACGACCGUGACCUUGAAGAUCAGCUGCGCGACGUCGAGCGGGCCGGGGAUCCCAUGCUGAAGUACAUACGAGAGAAGAAGAGAGAGAAGGGAGAAUUAGGACCCGAGAAACCAAUAUACAAAGGCAAUUUCCCGCCAAAUCGUUUUAAUAUUCGACCAGGAUACCGGUGGGAUGGUGUGGACCGCUCUAAUGGCUACGAAAAGAAGUACUUUGAUCAGCAAAGCAAGAGAAAGGCUCAAGAGGAAGAAGUCUACAAAUGGAGUACAGAAGACCUAUAAAUUGUUUGUAAAUAUUUUUAUACGAGCCCAAUUGAAAUCUGGUAUUAAAAUAUUUUAUAUUA